UUUUAUGCAGGAGUUUAUAUUGAAGAAGUCCUAAAUAAAUGGAAAGGAGACUAUGAAAAACUGGAACAUAACCACACUUACAUACAGUGGCUUUUCCCACUGAGGGAACAAGGUCUGAACUUCUAUGCUAAAGAAUUAACUACAUAUGAAAUUGAGGAAUUCAAGAAAACAAAAGAAGCAAUUAGAAGAUUCCUUUUGGCUUACAAAAUGAUGUUGGAGUUUUUUGGAAUAAAACUAAUUGAUAAAACUGGAAACGUAGCACGAGCUGCUAACUGGCAAGAAAGAUUCCAACAUCUGAAUGAGUCUCAACACAACUACUUGAGAAUCACUCGAAUUUUGAAAAGUCUUGGUGAGCUUGGAUAUGAGAGUUUCAAAUCUCCCUUGGUAAAAUUUAUUCUCCACGAAGCUCUUGUGGAAGAUACCAUUCCCAACAUUAAGCAAAGUGCUCUAGAAUAUUUUGUGUAUACUAUUAGAGACCGAAGAGAAAGGAGGAAGCUCCUGAGAUUUGCCCAGCAACAUUAUAUGCCCUCAGAGCAUUUUAUCUGGGGACCCCCAAGAAAACCUAAGUCAGAGGGAAGCAAAACAAAUAAAAAGCCAGCGUCUCCGAUUUCUAUUCACAAUAGUUGUAUUUCUAAACAUAAGAAACCAAAAGAGCCUAAGAAUGCAUCGGCAAGUGGAAGCUCAGCUGGUAAAACAACUGAAGAACGAAAGGUAGAACUCACAAAAAACGGGGAAGAAAAUGACCAGGGUGAACAAGAAACGAGUUGUGAUGCUGUUGGGCAGAUCAAUGGUGAAAAGAACAGUGAUACUGAUACGGUCCAGCUUUCAAAAUCAGAAGAAAUUCAGGAUACUUCUGACGGAAAGGAGGAUGCUUCUCUUUCCAAAAGUGAUGAUGAAAAUCUGAAUGACUGUGGAAAUCACCCAGGCACUGUAGAGAAAGAUUUAUGUGACACUGAGAGUUCUUCAAAUAACACAUCAUCAGAUCUACCAGACAACCCUGAUAAGGAUGUGCUUUCAGAGUCAGGAGGAACCCCCACAAAAACCAAGGAUGAGCUCAAAUCAUAA